GUUCCUAAUAUCUGGUACAUAGGUGAAAAAGUGUUGACCAGUUACUGGAUACCAGUUGCACGAGGUUUUAGAUCCGUCCUUUUGGACUUCACUCUUCAACUUCCAGCCAUCAGGAAUUGGGCCUGCCUUCUGAGAAUGAAGAUUUCCUUGAAUGUACAGUUCUCUAAAAAAUCUCUCCCUUCUAUUCAUCUCUUAUUUGAGGGUCCCUUGAACCCUAAAUUUCUCAUCCAUAAAGAUCACCUGAUAAAGACUCUGAGACAGUGUAUCAUGUAACCAAACCAGUCCUUUCUAUUCGUCUGAUUACCGAUUAGGUUUUAGGGUUCAAUAUGAAAUACAGAGAGAAAAUGGUGAAUUUUGUGAGGCGGCUGAAGGCCAAGAUGAAGAGGACAAUGAUGCUCAUAUUGAAGCGCUUGCCUUUCCAUUUUCCAGAACAUCGAAUCAAUGAUUUACCAGAGCCUAGCUUGCAAGUAAGAAUUCGGUUGUCAAAAUCUAUCCCAAAAUUCAUGAACAAUCAAAUCCUGCAAAAACAUGGUGGAAGCUUACAAAAGAGAAAUGCCCUAGUCUUAAUUUCUUACCAUGCAGGCUACAGACAUAAGCAAUCACCUUUGGGCUUGGCAACUCCCUGCCAUUAAAAAGUUGAAUGAUACUUAUCCUUCAUAAUCAUCCAGAUGAGGUGGAACAUGCUACGAGUCGAAGGAUAUAUUUGCACAAAAUCAAUUUCGCUUCAUCUAACCAUACAUGCAGUAGCAUUUCUGAGGGGAAGCUGCCAGCAGCAGAAGGAAGCAAGUCUGCCGGCUCACUAGAAGAGAAGGAUAUCGGAAGGAAGCAUAAUAACAGAAGAGCACUGUGGAUAUAGUUUUAAAUUUAUUUUCAAUUGUAUUUACAGUUAAAAUUAAGAGGAUUAGGUAUUGAUGAGCAAUAAUUAUGUUGGGCUAGUUAAAGGAUCACUUGAUUGUAUAUAAGUAUGUGACUGUAAAUACGAUAACUAAUCAAUGAAAUGCCAUUUUCUUCUUCAAUUGUGUUU